AGACAGACCAACAACAUCACAGAUAGUCAGGAGGCCUGCAGACAUGAUCCAUGCUUCAUAAACAAGAUGAGUCAGUCAUGGGCGUGUCAGCAGAGCGAGAAAAACACUGCAAAGAGGAAAAGGAAGUGAGUAGCUGAGGGAGGAGCUGAAGGCCACCGAGUAUCAUUUUCACUCACACACAGCAUACUCCUCCAUUCAGACGGGAAGCUUUGCUUACAGCUGAUAAUGGACUUCAUAGACCCCAUCCUGUCCGUGGCCACACAGAUCUACACCCUGGUGGAGAAUGUGAAGGCCAACAAGAAGCGCUGCCGACGUGUUUCUGACCGGGUCAAAGCCCUGGAAGAGCUGGUGAGGUCCAUCCAACAGAGAGGGCGGGGACAAACCUCUGCUGACGUUGAAAAUGCUCUGAAGGAGCUCUGCAUCACUCUGAACUCAGCGCAGGAGCUCAUCAGGAAGUACACUUUGGCCAACUGGAUGGAGCGCAUCCUCAACUCCAGUAGCCACGGAGACGAGUUCAACAGCGUGAACGAACGUCUCAACGAUGCCUUCCAGGUCCUGUCUGGAGCUCUGCAGGUGGAGCAGGGGGGCCUGCUGUACCAGGUGUUUGAACUGACCUCCAGAGAGAAAGAGGACGAGGUGGACGGGAGGGAGGACGACAGGGAACUGAAGAGAUUGCUUCUGGACCACAUGAAGAGCCAGCAGGAGAAAACAGAGGCCAUGAUGAGAGAAUUCGAACACCUCAAAAGCAAAGUGGAAAAUGUCAUGGAGAUGUUGAGUAAGCCCAGCAUCACUGACGAAGUCAUCCGAAUGAUCAAACCAGACGAGAUCAAGUAUCUCGAUGAUCCCAAAGUGCCUUUCAUGACAACAGGGACCUCAGAGGUCUACAGGGGGGAGUAUCAUGGAUUCCAGGUGGCCGUCAAGAGAUACACGGAACCUGUGAACACCAGCCCGAGGGAGGUGCGGUCUGUUUUCAAUAAGGAAGUUGAAACAAUGAAGCGGUUUGAGUCGCCCAACAUCCUGCGAAUGUUUGGCAUCUGCGUGCUGGAGGAGGAUGGACCCAGCCCUCAGUUCCUCAUCAUCAUGGAGUACUGUGAGAAGGGAAGCCUCCGUCAGGUCCUGGACUCUGACUGCCAACUGUCCUGGACCAGGAAAGCAUGUAUGUGUCUGGAUGCAGCAAAAGGACUCUACAGGCUGCACCAGACAGAGGUAAAGUCUAAGGUUCACGGAUGCAUCAACAGCAGCAAGUUCCUGGUGGCUAAGGACUACACAGUCAAGCUGGGAGGUUUUGAGCUGGCAAAAACCGAGACGUCGCUAAAAAAGGUAGCAAAGAACAAACAGACGAGGUCUCUGUGCUACUCCCCUCCUCAGAUGCUCAGCGACAUCAACCACGUCUACAGCAAAGCAUAUGAGAUGUACAGCUUUGGAGUGGUCCUGUGGGAAAUUGCGACCCGUAGGAGACCUUUUGAAGGUUUCUCGGAUCAGGACAUCUAUCAGAAAGUGUGCGAGGAGAAAUUUCAGGAGCCGCUCCCUGCCGACUGUCCUGCAGCACUGGGACAUCUGAUCAAAGCCUGUCGGGCCUAUGACAGCUUUCACAGACCGUCUGCUGGAGCACUGGUGGAUAAACUGCGCACUGCGGUGGCACAGUUGGAGGAUCAAUGAAAGCCCUCUGGCAGCAGGACUCAGGGUUUCUACUCACCUCCAGGAGGACGAGCACAUCUGUGAAAUGAUGAACCCAGCCUGUAACUUGCUGAUAAUGUCUUUAUUCUUCACAGGAAGGUUUAGCAGGUACCAAAAGCCAUAAGUUUGUGUUUCAGUUGGCUGUAACUCUUGCAUAAGCAUCUCAUACUGUUCAAAUCUGUUUCCAAAAGCUCAGCCUUCUUAUGGCUCUGUCUGUGUGUUUUUGACAUGACUGUGCGAUCAGGUCUUCACUACCCUGGACAGUCACACAUGUACCAACCUGGUAUGAAGACCAGCGCACAGCAGCUGCUGUAACUGCCUCUCAUCAAACUGAGAAGGCCUCAUCUCAAUGCUGCAACAAAUCUGUUACUCACAACAAACUCAGUGUUUCACAUAAAGUUGUUUGUUGCAG